AUGACUACGAUCCGUCAUUCCUUCGACAAAGAUGUUAACCAGAUCUCUGAAAUGACAAAGGAGUUGAAAGCUUACGAGGUUGAUCCUAAAGUCAAAGUUGUGAUAUUGAAGGUUGCAAUUAUUGAUGGAAUCGUGAUGGGGGGUGGUGCUGGGCUAUCAAUGCAUGGAAGGUUCAAGAUUGUCACUGAAAAUACUGUGUUUGCUAUGCCAGAAACAUCAAUAGGACAUUUUGUUGAUGUUGGGGCAUCGUAUUUCCUUUCCAGGCUUCCUGGAUUUUUUGGUGAAUAUUUGGGACUUACUGGAACUAAGAUAAGAGGGGCAGAUAUGGUUGCAUGUGGCCUUGCAAUUCAUUUCGUCCUCUCAAAGAAUCUCCAUUUGUUGGAAAGUGCACUAGAUAAAGUGACUUCUUCUGAUACCAACACGAUCUCUAAGAUCAUCCGCAAAUUUGAGCACAAACCAAAAGAGAGUGAGGCAGAAAACAGACCAGAAAAGUGGAUUCUUGAGGCAGUCAAAUCGAUGAAGUCAGCCUGUCCGAUAAGCCUCAAGAUUUCUCUCAAAUCGAUUAGAGAGGGCCGCUCGCAAGAACUUGAUCAAUGCCUUGCCCGCGAAUACAACAUAUUUUGCCACAUUAAGAGAAGAACAGUGAGCAAUGAUUUUUAUGAGGGAAUGAGGGCCAUGUUAUUGGACAAAGACAAAAAUCCCCAGUGGGAGCCUGCAAAAUUAGAGCUUGUGACUGAUGAAAUGGUGAACCGAUAUUUCUCCAGAGUUGAUGAAGAUGACUGGGGAUCCCUUCAACUUCCUGCUAGAUCCAACUUAGUUGAUGCUAUGAGGCCAAGACUUUGA